AUGGAAUUGGAACCGGUCAUUAGUUUUGAGGACUUCCGUACAUACGUCCAGCAACGGCGAAGCCUGCCAAAGUACGAACCAUCGACGGAGAAGAAACCAGAUCAUCCCUGGUGGACACUGGACAAGUCUAAGAUCGAUGACUUGCUCAAGGAAUUUGCACGACUAGUCAUCAGCUUGCUGCAAGGCUCGCCACCGAGUGAUAAAGAGCUUCAGUAUCUCCUUCGUACAGCCACAGACCUCUCCCAUGUGUCACGAAGCGCACCUCUCAGGGUCGCUCUCUUAGGCGCCCAGGGCGCAGGCAAGAGCUUGACUAUCAAUGCGAUAUUUGAUCGCGAUGGUCUCUCCCUUACGGGCGCAGAAGGUGCAGCGUGUACAAGCUCCAUCACCAAAUCAAGUUUUUCACACGAGAAGCGGCAGGGACUUCUUGCAGAGCAUGCACGAUCCUAUUUCUUCUACCACAAUGGAAACGACGAGUCCGAUACCGAGGACAUUCCGCGCGUGAAGGCUCUCAGCCAGGACGAAAUGGAUCGGAGCCUCAAUGACGCCGCCGAAGACAUAUUUACAACGCUAUUUGGCUCACAUGAAGACUUUCUUGAUAAUUGGACCAUGGCAAGCUACAAGUCUGGGGACUUCGUUCGCCUUUGCCAGUUGAAGUGUGAUGAAGCGCUGUCUAAUGAGCAUGUCGAUCCCCACAACAUUGUUUCAAAGAUGGCCGAUACACAGAAAGAUUUGUUAGCAAAGCUUAGUCCCUUUCUCACAAGCGUGAAGGGUCAAAGGUGCCUAUGGCCACUUGUAGACCACAUUUCGGUCCGAUUCUAUCAUAAGAUACUCCAGGGUAUUGAGAUCAUUGAUCUGCCAGGCUGGGGUGAUAUCAACCUUUCAAGGGUACAACAUGCAAAGCAGAUCAAAGAUACUGUUGACGUGGAGAUGAUCCUCGCAGAUACAAUUCGCAUUGCAUCUGACGAUAAAGUUAUCAAUAGCACGCGAGCAGCGAUCGCACAUCAUGGUCAAACGAAUGUCAAAGUCCUCGGGACGAAGAUUGAUUCACUAUCGAAGAACCAAUUAUCUCAAUGCUCGGGAGGCGAAUAUGAUCGCAUCAACAAGCUGCUACAGGAAAUCGAGGAACGAGAAAUCAGUCUGGAUGAAGAUGACAAUGACGACGAAGAGACCUCCAAGAAACGCAGGCUGAAUGAACAAUACCGGACAUACCUUGAGAAACAUCGAAAGCAGAUGAAAGUUGUGCAGCGUGCAGAGCACAUUACCACGGAGCUGAACUCAAAGCUGCGAGGCAGAUCGGACAAAGAUAUGCCUGAAAUAUUCCACACCUCUGCUGCAGAGUACAUGGAUUGGAUUCGCAAGUCCAAAUUAAGCUUUGCAAACCAGCCGGCUUUAUCGCCUGAGAUGACAGGAAUACCUGCGAUCCGAAACUUCUUGUACUCGCUUCCUGCCCAACAGAGCUUGAAGGACUAUGAAGUUCAUAUCACUACCGUGAUAACGGCAUUCAUUGAAAAGACAAAGAGGACAGUCAAAGGCAAUGACCGCGAUGGUGGCUUCCGAACGAUAGUCGAUGACUUUGAUUCACUGCGAAAGGAUUUUAUGGCACGGCUGCUAACGCAAGCGAAAACAGCAUUUCGAGAUGCUUCUAACAACAGCAUUGUCAAGAUCAGCAAGGACGUUCCAGUCUUCAAGGAACAGGUCGAGGAAAAGCUAGCAACAGGUUGGUUGACUCUCAAAGCUGGAGCUUUCAACCGCAUUGUCAGAUCUCGAGGCUUUGUUCCUAAAGGUGCUUCAAAAGCCAAAGGUCUAGAGAACGGCUGUCACUGGACACGGGAACUCGCAGGGAUACUAGCACCCGGCUUCAACAAAUGGUCAAAUGCGCACAAAGCACGUAUGAACGACAUGCGUCCCGCUUUACGCGAAAGCUUAGAUCAGCUCCACCACAAGAUGAUCAGCUCUAUGGACAGCUCCAGUGCAAACAUGGUCACGAUUGAAAAGGCGAAGAAAAAAUGGGCUCCGCUCCGUACCAUACUCCAGGCCAAGCUGCUAACAAUGAUGGAUGAGGUCAGCAAGGUUGAGAGACAUAUGUAUGAGAGAGCCACGAUGGAAUUUGGCCAGGAACACAACCUGAUCGCCUCCAUGACCGACGACCUUUAUGCUGAAGUCUUCGAAGCGGUACCAGAAGAAAAGCCGCCGCUACCAGUGAAAAAUGGGAAAAAGAAACCGGCAAAGCGAUAUGUCAUGUCCAAAGUAAAGUUCCAAAAGAAGAAGAUGGAGGACCUGUUCUUAAGCCCAGGCAACCACUUCGUCGAUCAGGCUCUGAAAACAUUCCAGCACGAAUUUGAUGACACCAUAAGCGACCUACUUGAUAAGCACUUCAACGGUAUUGAGAAGCUGCUUGAGGAAUUGAGUGCAAAUCUACGAGCCGAGGCUCCUAUCGAUUAUCGUAUUACGGAGGAAGGGGAGGUGAUCCGUGCUGAACUAGCACAGCAAAUUCCUCACCUUGAAGAGAAGAGCCGAGUUUUGAAGGACAUGCUUCCACGAGGCGAAGAACAAGAGAAUGAAGCAUCCUCUGCAACAGGUGAGAGCGUUGGGGUUAUUGACGACACGGAACAGAACUUGAAACAAAUCCUGGACCACAUUGAAGGCAAGAAGCGGAAGGAGAUUCUGGCAAACACGAAACAAAAACCAACUAAGCGCAUUAAAACCGAAUUGGCUUUAGCUUUAUUGGACUGA